AUGGAUGAGGAAAAAACGGCCGCUGUGUCGGCGGUGAACACUGUCAGCCUAGCCUACUUUAAAGCGGACCCAGCUUUAUUUUUCGCACAGUUAGAGUCGGAGUGCGAACUGAGAGGAAUUACCUCCCAGAAAACAAAAUUUAAUUUAGCGGUCUCCAAGUUGCCUCUCGAAGCUGUCCAGGAGGUGGGAGAAAUUAUCAUCUCUCCGCUGAAAGAUAAGCCAUAUUACAAGUUAAAAGAGGAACUUGUUCGGAGGACGUCUAUGUCACGGCAAAAGAAAUUGUCGCAGCUUUUGCAUAAGGGGCAAUUGGCAAGCCGUCGCAAUUUUUACGUCCGUUUGCCCUCUGCGUAUCACGCUGUUUUAGCCGCGGUGGGUGAAGAUGCACCCGUCGAAAAGCUGGCUGAAAUAGCAGAUAAUGUAGCUGACCUAACUUCGGGAUGCACUGCUCCCGUUUCUGCCGUACAGACGCAAGAGCCAGAUCCGCUGGCUAAACUUUUGGAGAGACAACGAAGGUUAGAGGCUAUGAUGGAAGACUUAGAGAGACGGUUGCAGAAGGUUAGCAUUCUCCGCUCCCAAAGUAGAGGUCGUGUAAGAACUGUUAGCAAGGAGCCAAUGUGCUACUUACACAGGAAAUUCGGGGAUAGGGCUAAUUAUUGCAAGCCCCCUUGUUCCUUCAAUUCGCAACAGGGAAAAACCUAG